GUGAAUCCACAGUCUCAGGACGGGCGGUACGGCGUGAAUCCACAGUCUCAGGACGGGCUGUACGGCGUGAAUCCACAGUCUCAGGACGGGCUGUACGGCGUGAAUCCACAGUCUCAGGACGGGCUGUACGGCGUGAAUCCACAGUCUCAGGACGGGCGGUACGGCGUGAAUCCACAGUCUCAGGACGGGCGGUACGGCGUGAAUCCACAGUCUCAGGACGGGCGGUACGGCGUGAAUCCACAGUCUCAGGACGGGCGGUACCGCGUGAAUCCACAGUCUCAGGACGGGCGGUACCGCGUGAAUCCACAGUCUCAGGUGUAGCCGCCUAAGCCACUGUUAACCCCUGUGCAAUCUGAGACCUCUGAAGGAGGGCUGGGUCUGAAUGCACACUGUGUACUCCAGGUGCUGUAGCUGGAGCAAUAGAAGGGCAAAGAGCAAAGCAGCAACAGCAGCAAUGCACACAGAAAAACAAACUACAAUGUCUAAAAAAAAAAGAAAAAAAACACAAUUUUAAAGAGAUACACUUUCUGUCGCCUUCCCAAAACUCCUGAAGCCGUUUCCUCUAAUUCCCGCUGUGUAUUUAACAGGUGAAUCAGCACCGGGUCAUAAAAACACAUGUGCAAAGGGCUAAUGCAAAAGGGAUGCAGUGUUCCACAUUGUGCAGUAUUCAGUUUUUCUGAAGAAACAGCUGAUUGUAAUUAAAGUGAAUUUAGCAUUUUUUUAAACUGCUGCAAUAGAUAUAUACUUCCUUUUACCACUUCUCAUCAAUAUAUUACUAUAGCAGCCCCCACAAAAGAAGAAUAGCAAAUCCCAACCAGCAAAUGGAAGGGUAACCCAUUACAGGCUAUGCAAAAAAUGAAGAGUUGUAUCUAUUUUCUGAAACUGCAGUGGACGACAAGCGGCAGGAUCUCUCGGUGUACUAUGGAUGUUUAAAAACACAAAUGUUUUAAAGCAAUGCUUUACGCAGUCAAACUAAACGUGAACAAUGACUACAUUUAAUGACCAACGUGUUAAGAUAUGCUUUCAUUUAUCAGAAAAAACAAAUUCAUUGUUUAUUGGGGAACAUGCUCAGUUUUAAGAAUUUAAGAACUUGUUCUGAUGACACACAUACUCAAUUCUGUGUCUUGUGUCUUGGUACCUAUUUUUGCUUCUGUUAAAUGUGUUCACUUCCUGAAGUUGAGUGUCGCAAGUUCUCAGUAUCGUGUCUCCUCUCUCUCUCUCUCUCCCCCACACACAAACGAUGAAACCACACCACUGAUAGACCACGACAAAUAAAACACUGGGAGAAAGAAACAUUUUGACUAAAAAGAGAUCCAACAUCGGUUAAAAACUGGAUGUAGGCAGACACAGAGUUAUUAACUUGAUGCGGCUUUACGAAGAAUGGAAAAAUCUUUCAAAGCUGCAAAACUUGCAAACAAAAUGGAGUAUAUGUACAUAGCUGCUGUCUUCACGUCCCUCUGUGUGCUUCUGGCAGGGUGUGAAGGUAGCGUUACCACACUGUCAAACCCUCCCACUGCAAAGGCUGAAAAUGAAUCAGGGGUGACGAAGUCCAAUGGAAAUUCUACUUCACUGAAUCCAGCUCCUAGUGCCAGUGCAUCUGCACAGACAACCCCUUCACUGGACCCUGCAACAGAACAAGCAGUGCAGACCCCUCUCACAACCGAGUGGCCCAGGGAAAAGCAAGCACUCCAAUCCACAAUUCAUUCCACUCCAGGAAACGCAGCAACGCAAGCUCAAAAUUCCAUCAGUGAUGGGAGUGCAACCAAGGCCUUGGAAAAGAAGUCGUCACAUGAAACCACCCCGAUUCCAAACACAGAUACCAAUAAACCAGCCUCUCCCAGUCCAAGCCGGACUGAAACUGAACAGCAACCUCCAGAGAAUGCGAGUUCUCAUUCUACGAAUCCUGGUCCAAAUGCAUUUCCAGCAGCUGUAAUAACUCUACAGCCAAGUCCCGGUACAGAGCACAGAGUUACCUCUUCUGCAGAGUCUACUGCCAAAAAACAAGAUCCAAAGGACACAACUUUGAAACCAGCUGCCAACAAUCUCACACCGGCAGUGAAUAACACACCAGGUCCUGAUUUAACCAGCCCUAAGCAGGCCUCACAAGAGACAACAAAUACACUUUCUACAAAGCCUUCAGCAAGUGGUAUUACCACUCACACCAUGACAGCUUCUACUCAGCUUGCAGCAACAGCUCGAACGUCUAAAACAAUUACAACGUUGAGUCCAAUCAAGCCUGAAAAGAGCACACCAGCAAGCGACCAUACUACCUCUCCAAAACCAGCACAGACAUCUCAGGGAGCGGCAGUUUCCACUUCUUUCAUCCAGACAACCCCAACAAUAUCAGAACCAAAACCUGCAGCUACCACUGAAGAGAAAAAGACAACAACAACAGUUCUGUCAAAAACCCCUGCCCUCAAAUCAGCAGACAGCACAAAGGCCGGCACGAUCGUAGCAGUCAUCAUUGGUGGAGCCUUUGUCUUGAUGAUGUUCGCCAUCGUCUUCAUCACGAUACGAAAGCGUCGCCUACAACAGAGAAGAGCAGCGGACUCUAACUGGGCAGGACCAAGCCCGUUUUUGGACGGCCAGAUUCUGUCUCCUCCUGUGGAAGAUGAAGGGAAUUACAGCCAACGACGUUCCAAGCAGAUUUCCCUGGGGACCUUCCUCCCUCAGAGGUUGUCCAAGAGGUUCUCGUUGCUGGAGGAAACCAAACUGGAGGGAGGUGAUCCGAGAGACACUUUCGGCAAAGCCGGUCCUGUGCAAACCAAGAACGGCAAAACUGAAGAGAGCGAAAAGCAAAACAGCAGAAGCAGCGGUGGACAAGGAGGACCAGCGGACGCCACUCAAUCAUCAUUCUUACCUACGACUUCAACACACUCUGCAGUCAGCAGCAACACUGGAAACCAAACCCCUUCCCCGCUGCCAUCCGCACACCCACCACUGGAAACAGGCAGUCUUGCAACUGCUGAGCCAGCCAACAGCCCCGUUAAUGAUGAUCUUCAAGCGCUCCCGCCCCCGUUACCGGCAGCCAAUGAGAUCCCUCCACCUCCACCUAGUGAUCACCUGGUCCCCCCUCCUGCACCCUUACUGCAUGAGCAGCCGCUGCUUCCUCCGCCUUCCCCACCACCGCCAACAGAUGCUCAGGCCACGCCUCCUCCACUCCCCCAAGCAAACUCAUCCAGCGAAUCAGAUGGACCCUUCCCUUCUGAAGAGACCACCAGUCCACUGCUCAGCUCCAACCACGCUGCAUCAGAUAGCAGCCGUCAACUACUGCCCCCUUCUGCUAGCUGAGGUUCCUCAAACCCAGCGUGAAUGCGGUCCUGACGCAACCCAGACUGCAAGCUUUUGUUUUUCUUCUUUUUAUCUUCUUCUGCAGAAUAUAGGAAUCAUUCUCAACUGUGGAGUUUCAUGGCCAGGUUGAGCG